AUGUCGACCAAACUCAUUUUCCUCAUGGGUGCUCCCACGCAGCAGAGCCUCUGCUGGGAUGAGGAUGGGUUGUUCGACAGCCCUAUAUUUCCAUUUUCUGGUCCAGAUGUUCAAGAUCAAGUGAAUCGGCCUGUCCCAGAACCUCAUGCUGUUAAAUGGAGGCUAUUACAGGAUCUGAAGAUUCAAGAGCAAGAACGAGAAAACGCCUUGUUCGAACCAGGCAGACAUGCUAUAUUUUUGAGAACUCAAGAUCUCACGCCCUUAAAUGGCGUAUCAUCAAUUUCGCCAGAUGACUCGGCAAUCUCUCAAUUCUACGACCAUUCCUUUGCGGUGCACGAGACGUCUGAGAUCUCUGUACCUGGAGCGCACCUGGGAGACUCGAUGCAGGAGAGUGGCUUGUGGGCAGACAGUACAGGAACAUCCGUUGCAACGACCAGUGACAGAGAGGCGCCAGAAGUGGGUUCUCUACCGAUCCAAGGGUACCUCAGUGACCUGAAGGAUAUUCCCAGCGCCACAUAUCUACAAUCGAUUGUGCCUCAGACAAUGACGGUAAACCUGAUUGUCGGCAUCAUCGCAAUUCAUCAUCCACGCCGCAUAGUGACCCGGCAGUGGAAAAGGGAGCUGGAUCUCGUUGAAGUGGUGGUGGGCGACGAGACAAGAACAGGAUUCGGGGUUACCUUCUGGCUGCCCCCGGGAGAUAAAACAAAUGCCACUGGCCGAUGUGACAUCGAGGCUCAAAAGCUUCGAACGUCUUUGUCCAGUCUUUGGCCUCGAGACAUUGUUCUCCUGCGCAUGGUAGGAUUGAGCGCAUUCCGAGGACGGGUAUAUGGGCAGAGUGUGGGCAGGGGGGUUACAAAGGUCGACUUGUUGCACCGCCAGCGGAUUGACGCAACGGAUGCAGGAGGAAUCUACAGUGCAAGGUGCCUCCAAACCUCCAAAGACGAUGAAGCCAAGAAUGAUGAUCUGCCAUUGAUGAAGGUGUGCAAAGUGCGGGAGUGGAUCCGGCUGUUUGUAGACACUGCACCGGAUCGAGUAGGCGGUGGGCCUCAAGCCUCAAGGAAACGUGGGCAGCCUUUGCCUCCAGACACCCAGGAUUAA